AUGGCUGGGUGUUCUAACUGGGACAUCCAAAAUGUCGAUUCUGACAAUAUACCAACCACUUUGCAGAGAUCAUCUUGUUGUUAUGUGUGCAAUGGUUAUUAUGGAUCAUGUUUUGACGAACAAAUUUGUCAAACAUGUCAUUUGUUUCUUUUUUCUGAAGAGCUCACACAAGCUGUCCAAGAAGAUGUGCAUAACACAAUGGGAGUUGAGGAUGGUGAUAGUGGAAAUGAUGAACCAGCAGAUAUAUUUUAUAAUGGCUUUCAACGACCUGUUCAAGAUGUACCACUUGACGCACGUGAACAAGCUGCUCCAUCACAAGAUCUUGCGCGGCGACUUCAGUUACUAUCAGAAUCAUCAGCUCUGCGUUCUCAACCCUUUGAUGAUGAUAGUGAUUAUUUCCAAGAACUUCCUCCUGAAGUGUUAUUGACUGUAUUUUCGUAUUUGGACGACUUCAGUUUGUGGUGUGUAAGUAAGGUAUGUACACGUUGGAACCAAUUGUUACGUUCACAUAUCCCACAAACAUGGCGUAGGUUUGUAGUUAAUUGUUGGCCUCUUUACCAGCCAUUAAAACCUGUUGAUGAUUGGCUUUCAGUUAGUUCAGCUCUAUUUAGCAGUUCAUCAUGCUUAUUGUGUAUACGUCGAAUGUAUUAUCGUCCACAUGCUGAAUGUCAAGAAAAUUCAUGGAGAAGAAGGCGAUUACGACAUGAAGUUAAAAAUUUAAAGACUGAUCCACCAGAAGGAAUCAGAGCAAUAUCUUUGGACAAUCAUUGGUGUCACUGGCAAGCCACAAUUUUAGGACCAGCUGGUAGUCCUUUUGAAGGAGGGAAAUUUUUUCUGUAUAUUCAAAUACCUUAUGGCUAUCCAAUGACUCCUCCAGUGGUUAGAUUUGUGACUAAAAUAUUUCAUCCUAAUAUUUCUCGUCACGGAGAUAUUGGACUUGAUUCACUCCAUUAUAAUUGGAGCUUAGCAUUGACCAUUGCUAAAGUAUUGAUUUCUAUUCAGUCGCUGCUAACUGAUCCAUUUUGUGAUGUAUGCAUGGAACCUGACAUUGCAAAGCUCUACAAAAAUGAUCGACACACAUACAAUACUAUUGCACGAUAUUGGACUCAUCGAUUUGCUAUGAACGAUAUAUUAACCUGGACUAAUUAA